AUGAGAAAAUUAAGCAUGCCACUGACCAGCAACAAACAUGUCUAUCAAAAACUCAAGGUCAUUGAUGGAAAGUCAGAAACAUCGACGGUUGAAGAAAUUCCUGUAGCAACUAAAUAUGCAAACAGCAACAGCGAUUUAGACGAGCUUAUUUAUCACAUUGAUUACCAUGGAGUGACUACUCAUCCAACACCCAGACAUCCCAAGCCAUAG